AUGAUGACUAAGAACUUCAACAGUCAUACGGAGAGAAUGCAGAGAUGUCACGAGUACGUUGAAGCGCUUGAAGAAGAGCAGAAGAAGAUCCAGGUCUUCCAACGUGAGCUCCCCUUGUGUUUCGAGCUCGUUACAAAAGCGAUAGAGUCGUGCCGGAAGGAGUUAUCGGGAUCGUCGACGUCGGAGCAUGUUCACGGCCAAUCGGAGUGUUCUGAGAGGACGACGAGCGAGUGCGGCGGCGGCGGCGCUGCCGUGUUUGAGGAGUUUAUCCCGAUGAAGUGGACUUCGUCUUCCUCCGAUGAACACGAGUCUUGUGAAACUGUUAAAGACGACGGAGCUGAGAAAAUCGCGAGUGAAAGCAACGGUGGUGAUAAGAAGAAAUCGGAUUGGCUUAGAUCUGUUCAGUUAUGGAACCAGUCGCCGGAUCCUCAGGACGAACAGGACCAGACGACGAUUGUGGAGGUCAAACGAAACGGCGGUGCGUUUCAGCCGUUUCUUAAGGAGAAGUCCGUGGUUGCUGCGGCGGCCAAGGAUGAUUCUCAACCGCUAAAUGCAAUCACUCCGACGCCGACGCCAACGACGUCGAAUUCCACGGCGGAAACCCAAAGAGAGUCGGAGCAGCAUAAACAUUCGCAAAUGCUUAGAAAGCAAAGACGUUGCUGGUCGCCGGAGCUGCACCGGCGAUUCCUUCACGCGCUUCAGCAGCUUGGUGGAUCGCAUGCUGCUACGCCUAAGCAGAUUAGAGAUCUCAUGAAGGUCGAUGGUCUCACUAACGACGAAGUUAAAAGCCAUUUACAGAAAUAUAGACUGCACACAAGAAGACCAGCUACUCCGGCUGCUGUCACCGGCGUCGAAAAUCCACAACAGCCGCAAUUCAUGGUGGUGGAAGGCAUUUGGUUACCGUCGCAAGAUGCAUCGAACAACAGAGUUUACGCUCCUGUGGCGGCACAACCGUCAGGAGAGAGAAGUGGCCGGCGCUGCAAAUCGCCGAACUCCUCUACACAUACCCCACACCUUCGAGGUUUAAAAUUUUGA